CGGAAGCGAGCAGGCUCUGAUCCGCCCGCAACGCCCAUCGACCAGGGUCCCCGCGAGGACAAACACGCCCAGUACCGAGACGAGCAAUGCGAGACACUGCUCGCCACCCACGGCAGCAGCUUCAUGACUUCAUCGCCACUGGGCGUGGCGACCCAGAGCAGGAGGCUCUGCCAGAUCCUGCUGGAGACGAAGCAGACUCUUCCUGAAAAGUCGCUCUUCCACGACGACUUCUUCAGGGAGACUUGCCAGAAGCUGCGCAACCGCAAUCACGCCCGCAUCAUCCGCGACAUAUCGCAGCUCCUUGUCCCCUCGGCAGAGACGCUCGCAAUAUACGGAGCCAAGCACCUCGAUAUCCUGGCAGAGAGCGUCAACGAAGGCUGGAAGUGCGCGUGCGCCGUGCCCGGGGUUGCGACUCCGCAGCCAGAUUACUCGGUUGGGUUCCGGCUGGAUGCGUUUUCAGUCACGCAACGUGCGGUGCUGUCGUGGCUCAUUACGGAUUCCUCUCGCCUGUCCUUCUUCAAAGCCACGCCUCAUGUGUACCUACCCUUUUUAUCCUGCGAGAUGGCUUCUCUCGACAUCGCGGAUCGUCAGAAUGCCCACAGCAUGACCCUGGCGGUGCAGGGCAUGACGUUGCUCUUCUACAUUGUAGGGCGCGAACAGGAACUUCACCGACAGAUAGUUGCUUUUUCUGUCUCGCACGAUGACAGGUCAGUCAGGAUAUAUGGACAUUACCCCGUCAUAGACGGAAGGGACAAAAAGUACUACCGUCAUCUCAUCAAAGAGUUCUCUUUUACGGCAAACGACGGCAGGGAGAAAUGGACUGCAUACAAGUUUGUGAAGAACAUCUAUGACAUCUGGAUGCCUGAACACUUUGGGAGGAUCUGCUCCGUCCUCGAUCAGGUGCGUGUUAUACGGGGCGAAGCUUAG